CCGCCGCCUCAUCGCAGACCGCCCCCGCCCCCAAGGUUGCCGCCGACGCAGGCGGCACGCAGAGCCAGCUGGUUCGCAGACAAGGGCGUCAUCCGUGGCGAGGCGCGGCGCGGCCGCUAUUCCUGGUGUUUACUUUCGGCGCAUCGCAGCGCACAGUAGGAAACGCUUUAUUUCGGGGCGCACUGAGGCGCUGCUGGCACCGCCGGCAGUAAAGAGUAUCAGCAAGGCUCAAGUAUUUUCGGCAGUCGGACUUCACCGGCGUGCUCCGCCCGGCGAGACGACGUCUUUCGUAAAAAGGCGAGCAUGUACAGCACGCGCGGCCGCUCGCCCGUGCUGCAGGUGGCGCAGCUGCCGGCGCUGGGGCUGAGCCAGCGCUUCUCGUCGCCACCGCCGCCCCCGGACGCCGCCCCCGGCGCUUCCGCGCCCGCGCCGCCCCUGCGGGUGUCGGUGCAGUGCCGGCAGGGCGGGCGGCGUUACUCGCGCUCCUACACGGACGUGCAGGCUGCCAUGCUACUCAACGGCGACGCCGCCCACGCCCGCGGGCAGGCAGCCGGCGACCACAAGCCGCCGCCCUCGCCGCCGCCCCAGAAGCCGGUGCGCCGCGUGCGCUUCGACCUGCCGCCCUCGCCGCCCGCCACGACCGCCAGCCCCACCGUCAAACCCGUGCAGCAGCGCGUGGCCGCCCCGCGCCGGUUCGCCGUGUGCUCAGCCCUGUUCACGAGUGACGCUCUCGCCGCCAGCUAG